AUGUCCUGCCGCUUUGAUUCGACGUUCUCAACAGCUACUUUUGGUGAUUUAUCUGACGACAAUGUCGAAAAAUCAAGCGACAACAAAAAUUCGGUAAAUUUUCGUGAACAAAGUCGUGCAAUCGAACAAUUUUUAGGAAAUAAUGAUCACAAAAGCAAAGAUAGCGAAGCUUAUCAUCUUGUUGAAACAUUGUUUUCACUUUUUAAGACAGAAGCUAAUAUGAAUAUUGAAUUAAGACGUGUUUUAUGCAAAGAACGUAAAAAAUUGCGAUCCAUUCAAAUAGAAGAUACUAAUAUUCUCAAUUUUUAUAAAGAAAUGUGUAGGCUUUCAGGUAUAGAUGUUUGCUCUUUCGAUGAUGUUUGCGAAAUAUUUAUCACAAUGAAACAAAAAAGUAUUUCCAGGAAAAAUAAACAAUCUAAAACUAUUGCUCGUCUACAAGAUGAAUUAGCCCAACUCAAAGCCGAAUACGAAACAACACAUGGAAAAUUACAAAAUGCAAUACGCCAAAUACGUAAUGAUGACAACGAGUUUGAUAGUUUUGCACUUAAGCUUAAAAAUGCAACAGUAAAUAGCGAAAAAUUAGCAAACGACUUGAAAGAGAGCAAUAGUAUCAUUAAGCAGCAGCAAAACGUCAUUCUCGAUUUGAAAGAGCAAUUACGUAACUACAAAGGUUAUGUUGACGAAUCUAAAUUGGAAGUUAAAGACUUAAAAGAUGAAAUAUCAAAUUUACAACGUAAAAUUGACCAGUUUUCAAUGACUGAUGUACAAAAGCAAAGUGAAAACAAGGCUUUAGUAGAUAAAUUAAACGAGUCAGGUCAACAACUCAAAAAUGAAAAAGAUCGAGUAAAUGAGCUCAUUUCUAAAUGUAAUACAUUGACAGCUGAGAAGGCAGAUAUCACAAAUGCUCUCCAUGAAACAGAAGGAAUGCUCAAUAAAGCAGUAAGUAAAAUAGGCAAAUUACGGAAAAAGAACAAAAGACUUCUUCAAAAGUUACAAGAGACAGUAGAUAUGAUGCAACAAGAUUACAUAAACGAGAUGGAUAAGAAUCUUUCAGAACAAAAAGUUCAUUUUGAAAAACAGAUUGAAGAGUUCAAUCAAGCGAACAUUUCUAUUGAAGAACAAAACAAAACACUCAAACAAACACUCGAAAAGAAGAUUGAUGAAGUUAAAAUCGUUAAUGAAGGCAUCUCAGGCUAUAAAGACCGAAUUUCAAAGUUAAGAUUCACAGUCAAUCAAUAUAAAGAAGAAAACGAACGAUUACGUAAUAUAAUGAGACAACAGAGCUUACAAUACUCGAAGUAUGAUGAAUAUUAUCAAGCAUUUGAUACCAUUCAAACUAUAUUGAAUAUUAAAGGCUCCUCACCUAAACAAAUUGUUAACUCAAUACAAGCAUUAAUUGACUAA